AUGAAUCAACUUAGUCGAAAGCUAUAUAUACGUUCUUUGGUUUACGUGGAAAGUUGGAAGGAAGCUGUUGAGGCUAGGCUCGUUGACAAGCAAUACCUCAAGGAUUUGAGCCUGCAUUGGAAGGUUGGUCCGUGCAAAUUGAGGACCAGUCAUAACGGAGUUUUGGAAGGCUUGCAUCCUCCUUCGAGCAUGGAACAUCUUCAAAUUGAACAAUUCGGGGGUGAUAGCUUUCCUCCAAGUUGGUUACAGCCCCAAAACCUACCUUCUUUAAAAUCUAUGUAUCUAGUCAAGUGUGAUGGCUUAGAAAGGAUUGUUCUACCAAGGGCAACGCCAGAGGCCGACGCGCUCAUAUCUUCUUUUGAUGGUGUGCUAAGUGGUUCAGUUGGUGCAGAUGGUUCACAGCAAGCUAGCACCAACAACUAUGCAUGUCUUCCCUUCACAAGCCUUACCUUAUUGGUCCUUUUGUCCUGUCGUAAGCUGAAAAAUCUUGACCAGUGUUUGUCCCCGGAAUAUUUUCCAUCCAUCCAAUCGAUACAACUUCUAUUUUGUGAAAGUCUAGAAUCAAUACCGGUGGAUAAAUUUGGAGGGUUUGUUUGCCUUCAUGACCUGCAAAUCAUGCACUGCAGGAGUUUGGUGUGUCCAAGAGAAAUGGUUUUGCCCAAAUCACUCGAACGACUCUAUAUUGAACAUAGUGGCAAGCUUGACAGGGACAGCUGCUGGACCAGGUCAUUGUACAAUCCUGAUUGA